AGCAUAGGCAAACUCACAAAUAGCAAGACCUUUGAUCCCUUGCUGGAGUUGCUAACUUUUCAGUGAAUUCUGAUUUCAGUCAUCAGAUUUUUGUCUGCAUACUGUAAUUUUGGCUGUGUAGCUCGUUUGGGGAGGGUUUUUUAAUUUUAUUUCGUUAUUUAAACAAAACAAGCCCAUAUACCAGUACUGUCAGACUGGCGAAACGCUUCACUCCCAUCAUUCACCAUCCUACAACAUGUUUACAGAUGAGCCCUGAGCGUUUUGGAGUUUAUCUUCCUUGGCUCUGCUUCCUGUACGAAAGUGCAGCCUGAAUGGAGUGUAAGGGGUUGAUAACUUUGGGGCUUUCUUUGAAGAUUUUGGGACAAAGGCUCGCUAAGACAGCAAAAGAACAGCUGGAAGAGAAGCUUUAGUUUUGAAGCUAAACUUGUAGCCAAAAUACGUACCUAGAGUAUGGUGUGGGGUUGUAAACACAAGAUUUCUUGACAAGAUAAAAUCCAGAAACUUUUAUGGCACUAUUGGCACGGGAAUGAAGGAAUGUGAUCUAAUUGUGAAUACACUUAGGCUGGAAAUUGGGCGCCUUUGGAUGGACUGGAGGAACAAGUCUGGAAUAACUCACCUGCACGAGUGAAAAAGGGUAGGUGGCAUGAAAAACAAAGCUUGACCAAACGGUAGAAGCAGCUGCACUGUUGACCAGGAAGCCAAUGCCAACCUGGUUUGUUCCUCAGACCGAUUCACUGCUUUAAAUUCUUGCUUGUUGUUAACCUUGGCAGUAAAGGUAACGGCCCGUGGCAAGGUCUGGCAGGAGUGCAUGCGGUGCAAGGAUUUUCAUUUCAGUUACCUCUGUGCCUGCCAUUGCCUGGAGGAGCAAUGGAGCCGAAAACGCUACCUUCUGCCCGCGCUUUCCCCUGAAGCUAUCUGAACAAAACCACUGGCUCUGUCAUUCUGUCCACCGUUAAGUAAAUCCAUCAAACUGUAAGCUCCCCUUGGGAGAGGCAAUGAGAAACACCUAAAAAUGCCCCUUCUGGCAUGUUCUAAAAAAUGGGUUUUUUUCUGGUAUACUGUGCAUACUCCUUGCAUUCUUUUUUUCUUUCUGGUUGACCCUCUUGGAUUAGAUGUUGCCGCCUGUUUAAGGGAAGAAAUCUUUCUUACUCAGUUUGGGAGUAGCAUAACCUCUUAUUAGUGUCCUUUCUCUCCUCUGCAACAGUGGUGACACCAAAAGCUCCUUUGGCAAAGGCAGGGACGCUGCCAUAAGAAGUUGACUCAGGAGCUAUUCUGCCACCAUCUUUGUCUCCUAGGUGACUCCAGAGCUGCUUUCUGGACAUACCCGUGGCCCUGGUAUCUGACAGGAGGUGCUUGGGUUUGUUGGGAGCUGCUCUGAGGAUGGAUGGAGGAAGAGAGGGUGGGGCUCCUGGGCAGAGCUUGGGGAGGCGGGGAGCAAAACAAGAGGAGGAAAUAUAAGGGCGAGGCCGAGCGACCGGGAGGAUCUAGCGGGUGCCACGCUGCAGGGCCAUGACCCAGCCCAGAGCCUGUCAGGAGCAGGAGGACAGUUGGCGUGAAGUGACUCUCUCUACCCAGAGGCUGCGCGUGCUGCCUCCAGCGGUCCUGAGCAACCCCGUGCUGGAGAGCCUUGACCUCGACAGGAACAAGCUCAGGAGCAUCACCGGCAUUUCUAAGCUUUGCAACCUGAAGAAGCUGAUACUGUCCAAGAAUGAGAUUGUGGACUUUCCCAAUGAAAUCCAGAGCCUGGUCUGUUUAGAGAAGCUUGAGCUAAAUCAGAACCAAAUCCGGGUGAUCCCAGAGGGGGUUUUCUCUCAUCUCCCCAGGCUUAAACACUUGCGGCUGAACAACAACCGUCUCAGUGCCCUUCCCAUGGACCUGGCAGCUUGUCGAGGCAGCCUCCAGUACCUCAACAUCUCCAACAACCUAUUCCGGACCUUCCCCCAGCCUGUCCUGCAGCUGGCAUACUUACAGGAGCUCCACGUGCAGAAUAAUGCCCUUCGCCAGCUCCCCAAGGAGCUCUUCCAGGGGCAAUCCCUGAAAAUGUUCAAGGCCAAUGGAAAUCCCCUCCGGGAGCCACCCAGUGAAGUGUGUGCUGGUGGUAUCCAGCAGAUCCGGAAUUACUUCAACCAGCUUCAGUGUGGUUCAGGGCAGGAGGACAAGAGGGUCAAGACCAUGUUCCUGGGGGCCUCACUGGCAGGGAAGUCCACCAUCUGCAAAAGCUUGAAGCAAGGGAAAAGCAAACCGGUGCCCAAGGAAGAGCGAACGGUUGGGAUAGAGAUUAGUGAGUUCCAGAUCAAGGACUUCACAUUUCUCUUCUGGGACUUUGCCGGCCAGCUGGAGUACUACAUGACUCACCAUGUGUUCAUCACCCCACAGGCACUUGUCAUCCUUGUCAUCAAUCUCCACAUGUACCAAACUAAUGACAAGACUUUCAAGGAGCUCGUUGGUUUCUGGAUCAACAACCUGUCCAUGCGAGUCCCAAACUCGGUGGUGCUUCCCGUGGGAACCCAUGUGGACUGCUGCCAGGAAGAGGAGGUAGAGAAGAAGAGGCACGACAUCAUGGCCAAGAUUGCAGCCAUGCUGGCAGAGAGAAAAAGCAACCUCGCUCACUUCAUUGACAACCUGGAGGGCAGCGAGGAGCCCGAGUUUUACGCGGACCAGUGGGAGAGGCUGAAGGAGAUGGAGAGCUGCACGUUAACCAUUUUAAACUUGGUUGCUGUCAACUGCAUGGAUCACCAUGAUAUCAAAAAGCUUGAGGCCACUAUUCUGGAGCACGUGAAGAAUGAAGAGCUCUUCCCCGAGGUUGUCCGAGUGCUGCCACCUGUCUACAGGCAGGUAGAAGCUGCCAUUGUAGAUAUUGCACAAAGUGAGGAGAUGGCAGACCAUGGCAUGAUGGACCUCCAGUACCUCCUAAGCAAACUCUCCCAGUGCGAGCACCUGGCCAACCUGGGCAGAGAGCUUCUCCAGGAUAUCUUGCGGUACCUCCACCGCAUUGGGCUUGUUGUGUGGUACGAGGAAAUCAAGCACCUGGAAAGCACUGUUUUUCUCCAGCCUGCCUUCCUAAUAACUAUGUUCAAGGUGAGUGUGGGGAUCAGGACUGUCUUCUCUGCAGCUUUGCUGGGCUCCUCGCAUUGCUGCCUCUUUUCUCCUUCUCUUCCCACCCAGCUGCUUGUGAGGUACCGCCUAGUCCAGCAGCUUGAGAGCAUCUCUGUGGACACGCUGAUCGGGGAACACGCCACCAUCAGAGACCAGUCCAACUGGGUGUGGACCUUCAAGUCAAAGGCAAUGCUGUGUCACCGGGCCGUGCGUGCCUUGGUGAAGCACCAGCUCUGUUCAGAAGGGAUGCAGGACGUCUUUGAGGAAAUCAUGGGACCCAGGCCCCACAGCGGGAGAGGGAAGCUCUUCAGCCUCCUGGAGCACUUUGAGCUCUGCCUGGAGGUGAGGCAUGCCAAAGCACUCAACCCACAGGCCAGUGAGUUUGUGCCUGGGAAGCCAUGGGAGACAACGCGGGCCCAAGGCGAGUCCUGGUACUUGUUCCCCACCUAUCUGAAUCAGACCGAAGAGGUCUCUGAGGUGUGGGGAGGAGACCACCCCGAGGAUCUCCACAUCCGUGUCUACUUCUCACCUGAAAUACCUGAGGGUUUCUUCCAGAGGUUCCUGGUGAGAGCUUGCUCCUUGUACUCCACGCACUGGGUGGCCAAGGCAACCUGCCUGCUCAUAUGCAAUGGCAAACCUCUGCUGAUCAAAGAGAAUAACCAGAGAGCCUACAGCUACCUGGAGCUCCGGUGCAGAAAGCCAGCAGGAAGGACAGGUUUCCAGUUUGCCUGGGACUUCUUCAUGGCAGUUGUGUUCAUCGUCCAGAAGCUUGCUGAGGAGUGGCCAGGGCUGCAUGUGUGCGUGAAGACUCCUUGCCGAACAGCCGGCUGUCCCGCGGAGCUCAUCUGGCCAGACAUGGAUGGCACAAAUGCCAUGAUGAAGGAAGACAUUAAAACCUGUGGGACGUGCGGGCACCGCUUUGGCACAGAGCUGCUCCUGCCCAAAGUGCCCAAGCAGCCGGAGGAGCCCCCGGCACAGCCCUCUGCUUACUAUUACGUGACCAGCUAUGGGACCACCACCUUCGGGCAGAGCAGCAUCCAGGUCAAUCGGCAGGUAAGGAGGCUGCCACCUCCCCUUGCCCAGGGUCCAACAGGAAUGGCCAGGCUCGUCCUCUCCCCUUGCUCCUGAAAUGAGGGGGGUGCAGCUGCUUCCAGCCCAGGGUGGGAACACCCCCAUCUUCAGGCAGCACUCUGGUUACCAUGUUCCUCCCUGAGAUACCACCACCUCUGUGCCUCAGAGCUGAGCCCUGGGUGCUUCAGGGUGUAGUUACUGCCUUAUUUUUCCAGAACAUCUCACACGAGUAACCCUGGGCCAGCGGGGAGGCGCUUGCCGAAGAAAGAAGAAGUAUUUUUUGUUUCGCCAAAGCCAAGCUGUCCUCAACACACUUUGUUUGCAAGUCAUGUUCGCAGCCUUAAUGCAUGGAAAUAAAAGCAUCAGUGAAUGCAUCCCUUCAUGCCUGGGCCGUCACCUCAUUUAGAGUCAUAGAAUCAUAGACUUGUUCAGGUUGGAAAAGACCUUUAAGAUC